AUGUUGGCUUUCACUUCGCCCGGCGUACAGUCCUCUCUGGUCGUAAAAUCUGCCGCCACGAUCCGCCCUGGUGACCGUAUUUCAGUCGGCCGCGAGGCUUCGCUCAUUGUACCCCGACUGUAUCUCGCCAAUCUCUACACCGCGCAGGAUCCGGAGCAGCUCGCGGCUCUUGGUGUGACCCAUAUCGUUUCCGUCGUCGAGGGCAUCCCCAAGCUGCCCAAGUCCAUGCCGCACCUGAAGACGCUGCAUAUACCCAUCACAGACAGUCACGACGCGGAUAUCCUGCAGUACCUCAAUCGAACGACGGCCUUCAUCAAGGGUGCUCUCGCGGAGGAUCCGAAAAAUGUUGUCCUGGUGCAUUGCCUAGUAGGCAUGUCGCGAUCUGCAACUGUCGUCUGCGCAUAUCUCACCGCGACGACAUCGAUGGUCCCGUCUGAGGCGAUCGGCUUCGUCGCGACCAAACGCUGCAUCGUCUCUCCCAACCCCGGCUUCCGGCAGCAGCUGGACGAGUACGCCGUUCGUUAUCACCCGAAGCUGGAGCGUGCGCAGGGGGGGACGACAAAGGAGAGCGGAGGAAUCGUCGAGAGGCUGCGCAGCUGGAAUCGAAGAGCGACAUGA